GUUUAGGUGGCGUGGUGUGGAGGAAGGAAAGCCACGGUAGCAAGAUGGCCAGAAAGGUUCCUCGUUAUAAAUCUCUGUGUACGAGAAGAUCAAAGAAAAAAGAAUCAAAUUAUAAUAAUGGCUUCUUUGUAUAUGAGAAGAUUUGUAAUCAACGUUCACAGAGUUCUCAAAUCCUCCUCGCCACUGCCAACAAAUCCUCUUUUUCUGUAUUCUUCGUUUUCCCCUUACACUUCUCAGACUACUAGUAACGACUCUGAUCCUCACUCGCUCCAAAUCGAUUUAUCUAACCAAGAAGCCAAAAGACGCCUAUUCAACAGGUUAUUGUAUAGAAGCAAGCAACGAGGGUUCCUCGAACUCGAUUUGAUUCUCGGAAAAUGGGUAGAGGACAAUAUUCACUCCUUGGAUGAAAAUCGUAUUCAAGCUCUCAUUCAUGUCCUCCACUUGGAGAAUCCAGAUUUAUGGAGCUGGAUAUCUGGGCAGGAGCAACCCCCAGAAUCAGUGAGCAUAAAUCCAGUCUUUACUGCAGUGAGGGAAAGAGUUAUGAAGAAUCUUGAGAGCUAUUCUGCUCCCGAAACAAGAGCAACACCUGGCCAACCAUGGGUAAGAGGCUGGGAUGACAUCAAGAAAGGUCGGGACGGUCCAAUUACUGGGAAUCAGUAGCUUGAGAAUAAACGAUCUUGUGAUUUGUAAUAAUGAAUAAGUCUCUUGUCUACCAUUUUUGUUACUAUAAAUAAGGGCUGUGUAACUGCAAUUUGAAGGUUUGUAUUAGCUGCUUGGAGAUCAGCAAAAGGGGUGAAACCUAGAAGAUUGUGACUUGUUUUAACCUUUGUUUUGCAAUCGUAUUAUAUCUGUUGUGAGUGAUUAUAUGUUCUUGUUUAAAAUGCUUGAUUCUGGAUUCUUCUUUUCCUCUUC